AUGAGAGAACCACACUCUGAGGGCCUGAAGAUUCAGGACGAGCAACACUUAGUUAUCGAGGUUCGGAACAAAGACAUGAGCUGGCCAGAAGAGAUGUCCUUCAUCGCCAACAGCAGUAAAAUGGACCGGCAUAAAGGUACAGUGGAACCAACCAACCCCAUCAGGAUCUGCAGAGUCACAUGGCUAAAUGUUCACGGAGACCUGCUGAUGGAGCUGGAGUGGAACACAGGCGUUGCUCCUCUCAAACUCAGGUGGACGAUAGCGAAGUACGCCCCACGAUUCAACGGCUUCCAGCAGCAGGACAGUCAGGAGCUUCUGGCCUUCCUAUUGGACGGUCUCCAUGAGGACCUGAACAGAGUGCAUGAGAAACCCUACGUAGAGCUGAAGGACAGCAACGGACGACCCGACUGGGAGGUCGCCUUAGAGGCGUGGGAGAACCACUUGCGGAGGAACCGGUCCAUCGUGGUGGAUCUGUUUCACGGCCAGCUCAAGUCCCAGGUCAAGUGUAAGACGUGUGGUCACAUCAGCGCUCGCUUCGACCCCUUCAACUUCCUGUCUUUACCCCUCCCCAUGGACAGCUCCAUGCACCUGGAGAUCACUGGUGAGGACCUGGGACUCAAUACCCUG